AUGCCUUGCUGGUAUUUUGAGAGGAAAGAGAUUAAAAACUCUCCAUCAUUUCGUGAUGGUAUUGACACUGCAACGGAAAACAGAUACAGAAGGGAAGGUGCUCGGUUUAUUAUUGAUGCUGGUACAAAAAUGGGACUAUUGUAUGAUACCUGUGCUACUGGAGUUGUUUACUUUCAUCGCUUCUACAUGUUUCAUUCAUUUAAGGAGUUUUACCGUUACGUUACAGCAGCUUGUUGCCUAUUUUUGGCAGGCAAAGUGGAGGAAACACCUAAGAAAUGUAAAGAUAUCAUAAAAAUUGCUCAGAGCCUUCUUUCAGCAAAUUCAUUUUCAAGAUUUGGAGAAGAUCCUAGGGAAGAAGUUAUGACUAUGGAAAGAAUUCUACUCAAAACUAUUAAGUUUGAUCUUCAAGUAGAACAUCCAUAUGGCUGUAUGCUUAAAUUUGCAAAGAACUUCAAGGGCGAUAAGGAAAAGACACAGAAAAUGGCUCAGAUGGCAUGGACAUUUAUUAAUGACAGCUUGUGUACCACUCUGUGCUUGCAGUGGGAACCUGAAAUUGUAGCAGUGUCUCUUAUGUAUCUUGCUUCACGCCUUACAAAAUUUGAACCAUCUGACUGGACUGGUAGAGAAAAUAAUAAAAGUAAAUGGUGGGAGGAUUUCAUAGAAGGAAUGUCAAUGGAAUUGAUGGAAGAUAUUUGUCACCAAGUACUGGAUCUUUAUUCAAGUAAGCAAAAAAAAGCCAUGGAAGGCGACUCACCACCACAAAGUCCUGUUAAUGGUACUAAACAGUUGAGCUCAUCACCACCACCACCUCCCCCACCGCCACCUGGAGAUAGGACACUUAAUAAAAGAAGAGCACCAAUACCAGUGGCUCAGCAUAUAACAUCACUGUCAGGAAAUCAUCCUGGUGGUUCCAAAGCUGAAUCCAGCGGUGGUAUUGAUUUCUCAUCGUAUAACCCUUAUGUUUCCUCACAGAUGUAUACAUCAUCAUUUAUGUCUCAGGAAGGUUCACAAAACAUUCAGUCUAUUCUGGCAGGCAAUGCACCGCCACCACCAGGAAAUGUAUAUUCAGAUCAUACUCAUCAUUCACAGUCCACAGAUACAUCCCAGUAUCCACCUGCUAUUCAGCAGACAGAUAUUACAUAUUCCUAUCCUCCCCCACCUCAGACUCAAUAUGCUGCACCUCCAUCACUUUCUCACCCACAUUCAUAUACUUCUAUUCCCAGUGUAGUCACUUCUACAGGGGCUUCAUAUGACCCAUAUGCUGCCCCACCAAACCCAACACCAUUCUCUGCUUCUUCUUAUCCACCACCUCCUGUGCCACAACAACCAUCACAGCAUUCAUAUCCACAACCUUCUGUACCACCUCCACAGUCCUAUGGUGGUUUCUAUUCACCAGCAAGCCAUUCUUCUUUACCAGCAUCUCAGCUUGUCCCCCCUUCAAGACUUCCAGGGUAUCCCCCACAGGCCUCAUCAUAUCCGUCAUAUCCUCAGUCGACAGUACCCACACAAAAUUAUGGACAGUCUCGUAAUCAAGUCAGUUAUCAGAAACAUGGAAAGCACAGUGGUGGGGGUCAACGUAAAGACACACAUACUCUGACUGAAGUCAAAAUUAGUGGCCGGAAUAAGCAAAAUUAA